AUGGCGCAGCAGAUGCAUGGGUUCGACCCUCCCUGCGCCUCAUCCCAGCGCGUCUUCGCUGCGGCCGCGGUAGAGAAUCGACGGAAAGCUGCUUCCGCUUCUUCCUCCUCCCCGGCAACUGUCCGCGUCGUGCAUUUUGCGUCGCCGUCUGGGGAGACUUCUUCUGCGCGUCCUUCCACUCGUCUUUCCCCCGUGCUUUCCUCGCGUGCUGAGUCGCCCGCUCCCUCUGUAGGUGCUUCCCUCGCCUCAUCAGCAUGUCUGCUUUCGCGUUCCGAGGCGCUGCUUGUCUCCGUGAGCGGUUUCAACCUUCUCGUGGACUGUCCGCUGGAUUUCAACGCGCUUCUGCCGCGCCCGCCGCGGCUCUUUUCCGCCACGUGGACGGGCGAUGACGCAGCAGCAAAUGCAGAGGAGGAGGAGGAGGGCGACAGCGAUGAGCGAGACAGGCUAGCGGGGCCUGGGUGUGGGCUCCCAGGAGUCGGCGGCGAGUCGACAUCUUCGUGUUCGCUUCACUGGGGGUCUCCGUCCUCGCCUUCGGCGCUCUCGGUGGCCUCUCAGUCACUCGCGCCUUGCUUCCUCGCGUCUCCCUUUCUGCGUGUGCUGCUGCCGCUGCGCCUGCACGCGGUUCUCAUCACGCAUCCGCAGGGCGCGCUGGGGCUGCCGCUUCUCGCAGAGGUGCUCAACCUCGCCAACACGCCGGUCUUCGCGACCGCCCCCGUCCUCCUCGCCGCCUCGUCCGCCGUGCGAUUCCUUCAGUCUACCCUCGCGGGGUGUCUCCUCCCGCCGCGCGUCUCUGCUCGAGGAGACAGACGAGGUGGCAGCGCCGCCGCUUUUUUCCGCAGCGGCGGCGCGCCUCAGAGCGGAGCCCAGAACGCGGGAGACAAGGAGGCGACGCAGACAGCUGUGGCCGCGGCGGCUGCGGCGGCGGCGGCAGUGGAGACGCCGGAUGAAGAAAACUCGAAUUCGCUCCAGGAAGGGUUCGAGGGUGCCGAGGACGGGGCGAGCGACAGCGAAGGCGAGGAUCCUUUCUCCGGGACCGCCCGCCACCGCAGGCAGCUCCUCGGCGGCGUCUCGAAGCACGUCAGGGCCACGAUGUUCCACCAGGAACGCGAGCUGCUGCUCCACACCGAGAGUCAGCAGCGUGUGACGAUCUACCCCGUCAGCAGCGGCUACUGCCUGGGAGGCGCCAACUGGGUGCUCAUCACGGCCGCCCGCCAAAAGCUCGUCAUCGUGGGGCCCUCCUCCCUAGAGGCCCUCGCCGAGGCAGCAGCGGUGCCUGACCCGCGGCUCGCUGCGCGCGAUCUGCAGGCGGAAGCGAACGCGAAACCCUCGAAUUCGCCGCCGUCGUCGCCCCCGCAACCGGCCUCCGCCAGCGGCGACGCGGGGCCUGCGGGUCUCGUCUCGCCCACGUCCGCAGCGGCAACCGCCUCCUCUCGCUACCCGCUUGCCGCCGACUGGCGCCCACUCGCCGACGCGUCUCUGGUUGUCUUCUUCUCAUGCGCACCUCCGCUUUCCGCCUUGACCCCUGUGACGGCCUCGUCGUGUACUCUCCCUUCCGGCGCCGCCGCGCCUCGCGCCUGCGCCCCUCGCCCGCCGCAGGCGGUGCCGCCUCCUUCGCCGGCGGAGGCCUGCGCGGGCCUCUCCCCGGCGCCGUCUCCUUCUCCGCCCGCAUCGCUCUGCGGGUGCCCUCGCACGCCGCCUCUCGCCGCGUCGCUGCAGGAGCUGCGCCGGCUACUCGUAGACACGCUGCACACGCGCGGCGGCAACGUCCUCCUGCCGCUUGACCUCUGCGGCCUGUCUUUCCUCGAGGUGCUUGAAACCGUCGCGCGCGCGGCCGCCGCCUCCGCCUCGGCGUCGCGAGCCGCCUCGCCCGCGCCGGUCUACUGCGUAGGGCCUGGGCUCCCGCGGCUGCUGCAGUUCGCCGUCGAGGGCGCGGAGUGGGUCUGCGAGAAGCGCGCGGAGCGCACUCGCGACUUGCAGGCGCCGCGGGCGCCCUUCUUCCUCGGCGCCUGCGUAGACGAAGAGCUGCUGUCUGGCAAGCUGCUGCAGCCGCCGGGCGCCUCAUGGGCGAUGCGCACGCGGAAUUUGAUCCUGGGUGAGCGCCUCACCGACGUGAUGCCGCUGCGCGAGCCGAGCGUCCUCCUGCUCUCCCACGCCUCGCUCCGCGUCGGUGAAGCUUGCCUGCUCCUGGAGGCCUGGAAGAAAGAUGAGAAAAAUCUCCUUAUCUGCGUCGACCGGCGGUUCGCCUGCGCAGGCAGCGCUGUCUCCGCACUGCCCGCGGCCUCAGUUGCCGAGGGGGAUCUCCAUCCCCUUCUCUGGCCGUUCACGGGGCGGGGGCAAGCGGCCCGCGGACGGGCGGAGUCGCCUCACAUGCCGCGGGAAGAGAAGGGGGCGAGCGACGCCCGCGCAACAGACGCCGACGGUCGGGCUGACGCAGCGAGCUCGACGGUCUCCUCUGCCUCGUGUCCUGCCUCAGGUGGCGCCAGAACGAAGGAAAACUCUCCGUCCCGACAUUCCUCCGCAGCGACGGGCGGCUUCCGCAUGCGCGUCGUCUCGCUGCCUCUCGACUGGCGCCUGGAUGCAAACAAAGUUGUGAGUCUCGUCUCUCUAUACGAGCCGCGGGUCGCUCUCCUCCCUGCCCCGGUGUUGGCACAGCUGCGCCAGCUGGCGUGUCGCAGAGCUGCGCAGCUCGGGCAAGAGGCCUGCAGCAGUCCGAGCGCCUCUUCUUCCUCCGCUUUCGCUUUGUCUGCUGCGGCGUCUGCGGGCUGGCCGCGUUCCCUCUCUACCCAGCUGGAGAGUCUCGAGGUGAACUGCGGCAAGGAGAUUCGCCUCGAGCCUCUGCUCUCCUCCGCGGACGCGGCGCUCGUCGCGCGGGCUUUCUCGCUUCUGCUGCUUUCACAGGAGCCAACCGAGAAGGGGGGAGGCGACGGGAAGAGCGCAGGCCCCGUAGGACAGCAGCAAGGGUGUCGCUCACUGAGCCCCGAAGGCGCAGGGUCGGAGGGGGACGGGGGCCGAGGCUUCGCGGGCGGGGCCAUGGUGUCUGUGCCUGUGGGCAGGCUGCGAGGCGUCGAGGGUUGCAAAGAGGACGCCGGGCACGGAGCGAAGGAGACGCACGCAGGAGAAGACGAAGUGCAUGAAGACGGGCGCGCGGCCAAAACGACUCAGGCGCGCGGGGGGCAGGAGCCUGCGCCCUGCCUGUCUGUCGGCUGGAUUGAGUCUGGGAGUCUGCUCAGAGGAAACGGCGAGGCCGAAGGCGCGGGCGAGCGAGGCCUCCUCAGCCUCAUUCUUCCCGCCUUUUCUGCAGGCGGGAGUGAAGAGCGAGAAGGCGCCGAGGCCGCGCGCACCUCGCAGCACGCCAAGGGGGACUCGAGGCCCUCCUGCCUCCUCUUUGGAGUUUACUACCCCGUCCAGCUGCUUUUUGUGUUGCGUGACAGGGGCUACGCAGACGCCUCGCUCGAGUUCCUUCCGCGCGAGUUAUCGUCGCCCUUUGCGCGACACGAAUCCACGGGGAAGCCCGAGACACUGGAGCCACCCGCGGAGACGGGAUGUGCGCCGCCUGCAUGCGGGGGGCCCCCUCCAGGCGCUGCAGGCGGGAGACAGUCGCUGGAAAACGAAGGCGCUCGCCCGCCGCCGGAAAGGUCUCUGUUCGCCGACGACGAUGGAGAGGAGACGCGCGGCUGGGGGGAAGAAGACACGCAGGCGCUGAUCGCUCAACAUGUGGACCGAGAGCGGCUGGCAGUCGUCUCUGUGCCCUCCCUGAAAAGUCGGGUUCUUUGCCACAGUGAAAACCUGACGGAGAUCGAAGCACCCGACCACCAGACUCGGCGGUUCCUGCGGGGUCUCGUCGCUCAGCUCCUCGCCGACGUCACGCAGAGACAGCCAUGA